AGAGCACAGUUUACUGCCCGCUCUCUCGAGGUGGUCAGUGCUUUGGGGCGGAAGAGAUCAGAGAUUCCUGCGCUAGGCUCUUUGGCGGAGCUCCCGGACCGAGGGUGAAUGAGGUUGAUGCUGCUCUGCUGUACCUGGAAGGACGAACGCAUGGGAGAGGACGAAGCUGGUGGAAGAUUGCCGUUGUGUGCCGGAUGCAGACAGCACAUUUAUGAUGAACAGUACCUGCAGGCCCUCAAUACUGACUGGCACACCAUUUGUUUCAGAUGCUGUGAAUGCAGUGCCUCUCUGUCCCGCUGGUACUAUGAGAAAGAUGGACGUCUCUUCUGUAGAAAGGACUACUGGGCAAAGUUUGGAGAGUUGUGUCAUGGCUGCUCUGAGCCUAUCACCACUGGGCUCAUCAUGGUUGCAGGCGAACAGAAGUAUCACCCUGAGUGUUUCACCUGCCUGAACUGUCGCACAUUCAUUGGCGAUGGCGACAACUACGCCCUGGUGGAGAGGUCCAAGCUUUACUGUGGACAUUGUUAUUAUGAGACCAUCGUCACCCCGGCAACCCUGCCUGACUCUCCAUGCUCGCGAAUCCCUCACACAGUCACGCUGGUGUCCAUUCCAGCCUCCACAGAUGGAAAUCGUGGCUUUUCUCUGUCCAUCGAUCAGGGAAGCAGCCCGAAUGGCUACAGCACCGACUAUAACCACACAGUCCGUGUGUCCCAGGUGAAUUCCGGGUGCAUCAGUCCUGACGUGAAGAACUCUAUACACGUCGGUGACCGUAUCCUGGAGAUCAAUGGCACCCCCAUCCGAAACGUUCCUGUUGAUGAGAUCGAUUUGCUCAUUCAAGAGACCAGCAGACUCCUGCAGCUCACCAUCGAGCAUGACCCCCUUGACCCUGAAAACCCCAGCAGUUCGUUUGAGGAUCAAGUGGACGGACCAAGCCCACUACCUGAGAGACACAGUCCGGUUCCUCCAAUCACACAGCCACCGAACCACGACAUCAACAACCUGCGCUCCCGCAUGAUCACGCGUAGCUACAGUAUCGAUAAGUCACCGUGCUCCAGUACCGCUGCGUCACCAAUGUCCCUGAGGAAGGACAUUGGACGGUCCGAGUCGCUUCGUGUCGUGACAAACCGCACACACAGGAUCUUCCGAGCCUCCGAUCUCAUCCACGGAGAAGUGCUGGGAAAGGGCUGCUAUGGACAGGCUAUUAAGGUGACCCACAGGGAGACGGGUGAGGUAAUGGUCAUGAAGGAGCUCAUCCGCUUCGACGACGAGACCCAGCGGACCUUCCUUAAGGAAGUAAAAGUAAUGAGAUGCCUGGACCACCCCAACGUCCUCAAGUUCAUCGGGGUCCUCUACAAAGACAAGCGGCUGAACUUCAUUGCCGAGUACAUCAAAGGAGGCACCCUGAGGGACAUCAUUAAGAAAAUGGACAAUAAUUAUCCCUGGAACCAGAGAGUGAGUUUUGCCAAGGAUAUUGCAUCUGGAAUGGCCUACCUACAUUCCAUGAACAUCAUCCACCGUGAUCUCAACUCUCACAACUGUUUGGUCAGAGAGAACAACAGUGUUGUGGUGGCAGACUUUGGGCUCGCUCGCCUAAUGGUAGAAGACAAGAACCAGGACAAACUUGGAAAGAUUCAGGGUGUGAAGAAACCUGACAGGAGGAAGAGAUACACAGUUGUGGGAAACCCUUAUUGGAUGGCUCCAGAAAUGAUUCAUGGAAAGAGCUACGAUGAGAAGGUGGACAUCUUUUCCUUCGGUAUCAUGCUGUGCGAGAUUAUUGGGCGAGUCAAUGCAGAUCCAGACUACUUACCCCGAGCCAUAGACUUUGGCCUCAACGUGAAUGGAUUCCUGGAGCACUACUACCCUUCAGACUGCCCCCACUCCUUCUUCCCCCUGGCUGUCCUGUGCUGUGACCUGGAUCCUGAGAAACGGCCUGCUUUUUCAAAGCUGGAGGAAUGGCUUGAAAAGCUAAAGAUGCACUUGGACAUGCGCUUCUCACUGGUUUCCGAGCUGGAGCAGGUCCAUCUAGACUUCUGGCAGAAGCAUCCGCCUGAUGAGAACAAGCUGCCCACUCAUCGAGAGCAGCCCGAAUAGCCAAUCAGGAUCUGAUCUCAUGGUGUUCACUCCAAACGUUGCGAAAAACCUGCUGGAUAAGGAGUGCUUGAGCUUGGGCAUCGGAGCCAUUCCAUGCUAUUGGACUGGCAUUCAGUGAGGUUCUUUCCAUAACUGGAGGUCCAUAGUAGGAUUUGGAGAGCACACUCGGUGUAGAUUUGGUGGGUUUUGAAGCCAACAUGGAAGAAUUAAUUUUCCUUCAUUAUACUGAACUGCAGGGCAUCUUUCCUCUACUGUCACUUUAGCUUCUCCAGCAUCUCAUCGUUAUUGACAUCCACUAUACACUUCUUCUGAUGUCACAGCUAGUUACUAAAUGGUAUAUUCCUCUACUUUUCAUUCAAACCAUGUAAAAAGGACCCAUUUUCUAGAGGCACCGUGUUCUGCAAGUCAAACAAGAAAGUAGUGCAUGCGUGUAAAUAGUCUGUUCUUCUGCACUGCUUGUUGUUCGGCAGUGAACACGAGACAAAACGGACUCCUUUCAGAUGAAUAAGUGUGUACAAAAUGCUUCCGUCUAGUUUUGUCUUUCAAUCCAUGUAGCUUUGACAAUGUUUAGUCUACAGCAGGGGCGUCAAACGGACCGCAGUAUACUUCAUAAGGCAAUUGGGCCAACAAGAACAUCAGCAACCCCCUUCCAAAUGUGUUGUUUAUCAGCAUUUCUCUGAAAGGCGGUACAUUCUGAAUGCACAAAAAGAUGAAACAUAUUUCACAGACAAAAUAGAUAAACAGAUGGCAAUUCAUUACAAAGUAAUGAUGGUUGAUCAUUGAUAAUAAUGAUUUUACCGUGCUGUGCCUUGCAUAAGUAUUUACCAUCCUUGAUAUAAUUUUUUAAAUUAAGUCUUAUCAACCCAAUAACAUCGGAUUUUGGGUGAGAAGGGAGCUUUUUUUUAAAACAAAUAUAACUAUGGUUGUACCCCAAUUGCUGUAAAACCCCUAAAUGACCGUAUUUGAAAAGAUUCAUGGUUACGGUUUUAGCUUGCUAAUGAAGAAUCGCAUAUCAUUAGCACAUUUUGAUACUAGCUAAAUUUAUGGUCUUGCAGUAUUUUGGCCCUGAAACGGAGAUCUCCACGUUUUUACAUUCAAUUAUGGUCCGCCGGAUGAUUUAACAUUCUAAAGUCAUUCGGUGGUCCAACUUAGGGUCAUUUGUUUGACACCCCUGAUGUGAAACAAGGUACACUCUUCUCUAGGUACAUUACACUGUCUCCGCCCUUAAGGAGAGACCCAAAACAUCAUUAUAUAUAUAUAUAUAUAUAUAUAUUACACAUAAUAAGAUUACAUAUUGUACAUGAUUUAGAUAUUGUACAGACAUUAUUUUGUAUACACUUGUAACAUUGCCAUAUUUUUCUUGGCCUGUGGGUUGAAAUGAAAUACUGAGAGACUUUCUUUCUGUGCAUAACAGGGGAUAACAUGGGUAUGCGAGUCCUCUAGUUCUCUCUAUAUGUGUCCAGGUCUUUUUUUUAAUGUCUGGCUUUCGUGAGUGUUUUAUUUGCUCACACUUGCUCACAAUCUACUUUAUUUAGUUAGUGAUAUUACACACUGUAACAUUUUGCUUUCACAAUCAGGUGCAGAAACAGUGUUCAGUUGAGACAACGGCAGGUUCACCAUCAUCUUGCUCCUUGUAAGAAUGAGGUUGGUGUAAAAAAAAAAAAAAUUAGAAAGAAAAUAAAUCUGUUCCUACGCCAAUCUUGCAGUUUUAGCCCAUUGCCGCCUCAGUGAUAUUUGCCCGCGUCUCACUAGUGUGUGAAACUCCCUAUGGGAGACGUCCUGUUUACAUGAAAUUGUUGCCUGUAAAUAUGUGGUCAGACAUUUUUUUCCUUGUUUCUCUUUUUUCCCCCUCACUCGUCCUGUUGGGGAUCAGCUGCAUGGUGCCUUGGCUGCAUGAGGGAUCCUCCACAAAUUUGGCUAUGCUUCUAACUCAGAAAAUGCAGUUUUUCUGGAAAUAAACACAGCGGAGGACUGUAUACAGAUAGCAGUCGCAGGCCAACUCAUGUAAAAAAAAAAAACACACACACACAGAAAUCUUUUAUGUACAGAACCACUGAAAAGUUUUGUAUAGAUUUUCCACUGAUUUCAUUUGCACUAAAUAUGGAAAAGGCGCCCAGAAGAAACGGGCAUCUUUUUUCAUUUCCUAAUGGUUACAGACAAAUGGAUCAUGUUCUGAUUCUUAUAUGAAUGCAAGACACUGAUAGUCGUUUUGUAAAAAAAUAAAAGGGAAAAAAAAAAAAAAGUCAGUCCUGGGAAACAUUUCUUAGUUUCUCAGUAGCAAAUAAGUCUGCGAGAGAUGUGUGUAUAUAUUGUCCGUAUGUGAGGCAUCUACUGUACAUAAGACAUUACAUUCAUGAGAGUGUAAAGACAUCGAGAGAUCUCUUUACACUUUGUCAUUCUCCUUGAUACGCUACUGUACAUCGUGUCAUGUUAAAGGGAGAUUGUAGGCCAGCUAUAUUUUUCAGUUGAUUAUAUUCUAUAUACUUAUUUUUGCUGAAACCUAUGAAAGCCAUAUUUUCCCUAGAUGGGACUUGGCAUCACGUUGUAAUAAGCCAGAGUGUGUCGAAAAUGCUCACACUACAUGUAAAAUAUUGUACAGUAUGCAAUAGUACAAGAGAAAAUAAUUGUAAACAUACAUUUCUGGGUAAAUUCAUUUCUGUGGCUGUUUUACUACAUCAUGAUGGUAUUUCAGUACUUAAACUGUAAGCAUUUCUUCCAAGUUUGAUACACAGGGGUUCAGAGCCCACCGGCUCUCUGCUGCCUAAAGAAAGAUCCUUUGUGAAAGAUGUUCUGUUUUGUAAUGACUGCUUUAUCGUACAAUGUCAUUUUCACUGAAUGCUGCUUCACUUCCAUUGAAAGCACUUAAUGUCCUAGUCUAGUAUUGAACCUCGAUAGUCUAGCUCAGGGCAUCAUUACUGAGAAAAAAACAAAGUUAUUACUGAUAUUAGUAUUCCACUUAAAGUACAGUGAAAAACUCAAUGUGCACGCUUGGCUCUUCAACGAUACACAGUAUAUACAGCAAAGUGUACUCUUUUGAUCCAUGUGAAAAAGUGUAUGGGCAUGUAAUCUGGAUAUGUUUCCACCUUUGUCAAGCAUGAUGACUGUGAGCUUUUAUGUGCGAAUGCUGCAGCAGUCCUUCUUUGCAAAGGAUCGUUUUACCUCUGAAUAUUGCUGUGCCUUUGUUUUAAGCUAGCCUUGCCAACGAAAUGUAGAGCGUUUUGAAUUAUUAUUAUUUUUUAUUUUAUUUUAUUUUUAUUUUAAGCCUGACCGAUUUGAUUUGAUUUGAUUUUGAUUUGAUUUCUGAUCUGUUGAGAUGAGAUUUCCUGUUGCUUUCUAUAUUUAUGCUGUAUUCUCCGUACAUUGUCCAGUUCGGUAUUUAGUUUUAUGACAUUUUUCUGUGUUUUCUUUUAAUUUAAUAGUUGUACACAAGCUGUGAAAAAAAAAAAAACAUAUUCUGCACUUUAAAAUUCUGGCCAUGAAAAUCCAAGGAGUCAACUAUAUUUGAUUGCAGCUGGAAUAAAACUGCCGCUCCUUACCUGUUAA